UCAGAGGUAAACACUGUCAAGAACAACAUACCGAAUUUUCCUCCUUAUAAAUAAUUUAUGCUGAUGGAUUGCUACAAGAUAUCAACUGCGAUUGCGUUCUUCUUUUCAUUGACUGUGUCAGUAUAUAUCAUUUUUGGAAUCAUAAAGUUUAUCUUGAAUCUACUGUAAACGUUUGAGGUAGAAUGGAGCAGCCGGGACCAGAUGUAACCGGUUCCAAGCAGUCAGAAGCAGCAGCUGCCAACCUGGCUCAGUUAGACAAGUGUCUAGAGGUGCUCAAAGUGGCCAAGUCUGACACAGAGAAGUUUGCUGCUCUCAUGCUGGUUACCAAGGUGAUCAAAGCAGAGAGUACAGAUGCUGUUAUAAGAAAGAGAAUCUUUGAUGCUGUGGGGUUCACAUUCCUAUCUCGUCUCUUGUCAUCAAGUUCAGUCCCAGAUGGUUGUGACAGUCACAUGUACAAGUCAUUAGCCAUGACUCUCCUAGCCUGCUUUAGUACAGACCCAAUACUAGCAGCUAGUCAACAGAUGAUUGAUAAACUACCACAAAUCAUGGAAUGCAUCACCAUGGCAACCAGUGCUAGUGAGACGGAAUCCACCGCUAGAGAAGAUGCAUAUCAAGUAUUGAUUGGUAUAGCAUCUACAGAGAUUGGUAGGAAGGAACUGAUGAAAGAUCACAGGGUCAACGUACUUUGUGAUAUCUGCCUCAAGGAAGGCCAAGGUCAUGACCUAGCACUCAAAGUUCUUCUUCAUCUGCUUCACUGGAGUGGUCAAGAGAUGUGGCAGACAAACCCACAUGCAUUGAAUCGCUGGAUUGCUACCAUGGCAACAGAGUUCCAACAGAAUCAGGAUGCGAGAAAAUUCCAACUUUGUGAGAAAUUAUCAGCAAUUAUCAGUACUAGUAGUUGGAUGCCAGAAGAGGUACCUGAAUGGGGAGUCCAGAUCCAUCGUGGUCUCUAUGAUUCUCUGCGCAGUAAACUAGGUGAGGCCCAGCGUGACCCGACCCUGAGACUGGUAGCUACCAUGUUGAGAUGUUUUGGAGUAGAUUGGGCCCUCGGACAGACUGGUGACAAACGAAAGUUCUUCCUCCUACUUGUACACCUUGCAUGUGUGGAGACCAGGAUGACACUAGAGAACACCAGUCCACAAUACAUCCUCUCUAAGACAUCUGUGUUAUUAUCCUGCUACACCUUGCUAGAGGUCAGUAUUCAAUAUUUGACGUGUGGACCAUCGUUAGAGCUUGACCGGCAGCAGGUUAUUCAGCUUCAUUCAGCCAUGACGGGAGCGUUCAGUGCGGUCAUGUUCUAUAUGAAUUCAGUCAAAGAUCAAGAAGAACAGAUCACCAGUGUACUGAUGAGAGCUACUGUACAUGUUGUAACUGUGUGGCUGGCAGAGGAGACUACUGCUUUAAGACAAGAGGUCUACAAACUUCUUCCUUUCCUCCUCAAAGUUGUGCAGAAGUCUUACAAAGAGGUUGCCCAGUUAACAGUGUGUACAUCUCCAUCAACAUCAUCAUCUACAUCAUCUAUGGGUGAGCUAGGAUCUCCGUCUACCGCUCCUUCAACUUCCUCUACCCCUUCAUCCUCCAUCUCUUCAUCCUCUACCCCCUCUACCAGUAUCUCACCACCGUACCCCUCCUUGGGGUCUGGUCUACCGGUAGCUGCACCCCCUGCUAAGGAUCUAUUAAGGCUCUUACUACCAGCGCUGUGUCAUCUGACUGCUGAGGAUGAACCUAGGAAGAUCCUAAGAGAGAAUAAAGGUUUAGAGCUUCUCCUGGAAUACUUUGCUUAUCACUGGAGAAUGGUCAAUGAACUCAAGAGGAAAGAGUCAGAGGAAGCUUUGGUGUCUUUGAGCAGUAUCUUCCUCAAUAUGUCACUUCAAGAUCAAGAUGUCGUCAAAACUCAUCCAGUCUUCACAGAACUCCUUGGUCUCAUCUCUAAUGUACAACCACAAGCAACUGCAAGAAAGGACUUGGUUGUACUAACCUUCUAUGAGACAGUACUAGGUCUUGCUAUCCUGAGAAUACUCGCUGAUUGUCAAGACACUGCUUUGUCACUUGUGAAGAACUUUGUCCAAUCAGCUCUUGAGUUCAUGAAGAAGAUUCUAGUAUGUGGUUCUGAGGGUGUAUGUGAGAUAUCCACUGAGUUCCAACAAUACUGGGAUGAGGUCACUGAACUUUGGUUUCUUGCCAUGCAGAUUCUGGCUGCAUCCAUUCCUUUAUUACCCUGGUUGACCAAGUUAUUUAUAGACAGUGGCUGGCUAGAAUCCUCUGUGGAAGUACUCAAAGCAUCUCAUGUUGAUCAUCUUGAUGAGGAGAUGAAGGGACCAUACAGUACGCUCUUCACAGCUAUCAUUAAGAGUGAUGGUACUGUCUAUAAGAAGUUUGUUGACCUUGGAGGAGAGACUGUAGCAAGGAAACAUGGGAUGGAUGAAUUGCAAGCAGCACUGACAAAUUGUGCAAGGUAGUAAGACUGGUGUAUCUUCACAUCUCAUUGCCCUUCUGCUACAUCUCAGACUGAGAUUAGAGGGGUAAACAUGGCAGAUAUCUGAAAUCACACUUUGAUGUGGCAGAAAUCAAGAGGCUUAAUGAUGUCAUGUUUGGAAGUAUUCAAACCUCAUUGUGAGGUCAACCAAAUCAAAACUGAUGACAGAAAAAUCAAGGCAGCAACAAAUGUCUUUUUAAAUCUGAGGAACCAUUCUGUUACAAGAAAUAAAACAUCACCAAUAGCAGACAGUCCAUCCUUUGCUCACCCAAGCUCUCUUUAAACUUGAGCAAAAAUCAUGUUUAAGAAACCAAAUUUUAUUGUGUAUUAAUCUUUAUACAUCUCUUUAUUACACCAAAUCAUUUUUUGAAAGACGAAGUAAAACCUCUAAUAAAUGUCUUUUUGCUUCCAUUUAGUUCUGAUCCAUCAUUCAUGAAUUAUAUGUUUGAUUCAUGUAUAGAAUGACAUAAUUCAAGAUUAUUGAUUAUUAACUUGAAUGUGUUCCAUAUUAUGUGUUCAGAGCCAAAAGGGCAUUAAAGAUAAACUUGAGUUCUGGUAAAAAAAGAAAAUGAAUUCUCACAGAAUCUAACGAA